AUGUGUUUCUCUUUUACGACUCUACUCUCUGCCUUUUUAGUAUCUCUCUACUUUGGCCGACGUGGAGGGGCGCUUCAAGACUGCCUGAGCGAUUGGGUGGAGAUGUCAAGCAACGAGGCGCUGCUGCAGAUUUUUGUUGGUACCCUCUCCGACGACAAAAAUGUGCGGGAGCAGGCUGAGGCGGCCCUCACGCACGUCUCCGCUGACCCGUGGCUGAUCAUACGGCUCAUCCACUUUUCCUGUCAAGAGCUUCCACUCCACGGCGUUCCUGCGGAGACACGGCAGGCACUCCAUGCUGCAUCCAUUCGUGUGCGUAAUGUGUUGGGCCGCAGCGAUUGGAACCGGCAUCCGUAUUUCACUGAAGAAACGAAGCAGGCUGUACGAGAAUGCAUUGUUCCACUCCAGUGUGGCUCUCAUGUGCCGGAGUUGGUGCGACGACAGCUGCUCGCCGCCACGCAAGAACUUAUCCACUACGACUACCCACAUCGGUGGCCGUCGCUGAUGCCGCAUCUAAGAGUAAUACUCGACGAGUGUGUUGUUGGCCUACGCGUUUUGCCAGACACAGCGUCGUCACGGGAGACCGCCACACUGCGCCUAAAAGGGGCAGUUGGUAUCUUGCGGGCUUGCUGCAAAGUCUACGAAGAUGCAGUUAAAAUCGACGCUGACGCUAUUGAGAAGUUCAUCAACAACAUUUGCCCAUCAUUGCUGUCACUUACAGAGACGCUGGCAUCACUUUGGGUGCAGGAGUUGGUGGCACAACAGCAAUCACACCAUAUGAAUGGUGUUAGUGAUUCUUCUUCUGCUGCUGCAAGCCUGAAAAGGUUGGAACCAUCUAUGUUUGUUGUGUCCCCGUGGCACACAGAGUUAUCCCACUGUCUACGCAUUGCACUCAAGUGCAUUGAUUCUCUCCUUGCCGCUCGCUGGCCACUGUUUCUCUGCGAUCAAUCGGGGAUGGAUCGACUCUGUAAGGGCUGCAUUGGUCAAGUGUUGGACGCAACUCACACAACGCUUCUACCGCUGUAUCGUUCACGCAUUCCCACCGGUGACGGUGACGACUCGGACCUUUCUUCCGUAUUUUAUGAGUCCGCCGUGUGGAAGCUGUUGAAGUGGGUAGAAAACUUGGGACUCAAGCUGCUGCAGGCACUGUCUCCAAAAAGCUGUGAACGUCGUGCACGCGCGGCCGCGAAGUACUUUUGUGAUCAUUACUUGCUUGGGCUUGUGCAACAUGCACUCGACUUUGUUCGGUGGCAUACGGUGCCUCGCCGUUUGACGUCCAAGGCUUACAUCAUGUCUCUGGAGAUCCUCACCAUGGCAGUGGGUGGCCGGGAAACGUACCGCAAGAUUAUAGCACCAAAUGCUGAGGAGAUUUUUACAAUGCUCAUUUUUCCACGUCUCACCUUUUCAGUCGAAGAUGCUGAGUUAUGGGCAUCAAACCCCGCCGAGUAUGUGCGGCUACAGACGAGCCCCGCGGGGGAUUUAUACAGCGCGAAGGUGGUUUCCUCAAGCCUCAUGCUUUCUUUGACGAUACCCUCCAAACCAUUUCAUGAUACAGAAUUUGUGAACCAUGUUGUACAGUACGUACUUGGGCGUCUCAUAGCGCAUGCUGCGGCUGCGGCGCACGGUGACGUUGAUGCGGCACGCGUUGUGGAUGCUGCAUUUUUUACCAUUUACCAAUUUAACAAAGUCCUACACUCCAUUGGCUUUGGAGAUGAGAAGGUGGAGUGGCUCCUUACGAACUACGUGGCACCUGCAGCAAAAUAUCCUGUUGGAUUUCUACGCGCUCGCAGCGUGUUGGUGUUGAGUGUAUUUGCACCUAAAAUUCACUGGAGCAGCCCACAGGCGUUUCAGCGUGUUCUCGUGGAAGUUCUUCCACUUCUACAAGAUCCAGAUAUUCCAGUGCGGAUUCAAACCUGCAUGUCCUUUGCCAACCUCAUUUGUCACCCACACGCGCGGGACGUCGUCACGCCCUGCCUCAGUGACGUCAUUCAACACUAUUUCUGUGCUAUGCGCCUUAUGGACAGUGAGGGCGUGGUUCGCACCCUGCGCAAGACGAUCAAGCACUACCGUGAUGUUCUCUCACAGUGGGCGCUGCACCUCACUGAGUUGUUGGUGCAACAUUUUUACCAAGUCCUGGAGCGCGCCCUUGCCGCAGAAGUUGAUGAUUUCGUGUCCGAAACGUUUGCAAACAAGAAGAGCGGUGCAGCAGGGAUGGGUGUGAUGGGUACUGAGGAGGAUGGCGUUGUUGAAAGUGUCAUGGCCGCUGACGAAAUUUUGGAGACCCUCACCGUACUUGUGCGUGCGAUUCCUCAGCAACCGGUGGUGAUCUCUUCCUUCAACACGUCGCAGCAACGGGAUCUGAUUUUUCAGAUGCAGGAACGCAUCGCUCCGAUGCUUUACAUGGUGUUGUCGAAGGAGAAGGGAGGUUGUCUUGGAUUUAUGGAUGCCUCACUCAUGUUGCUCACCACAAUGUUGUCACGGAGUUCUGCUGUCGCGUCAUUUACGUGGCGCUUGCUGCCAUGCCUUCAUCAAAUCGUUGUACAAGGCGCGGUUGACUACUUUAGCCAAAUGCUUCCACCACUGGACAAUUUUGCCUGCGUGUCACCGGAGCAGUUUCUCCUUUUUCCGAUGAGUGACCUCUGUGCAAUGCCUGAAUUUGCGGUGAAAAUGGCCUCCACGACACCCGCACAGGUUGUCUGCACGAUGUGUGAUGCCGUGAUGCAAAGCUGCCACAUACUGUGCCUGCGUGAGCUUGCCGCGGUUCCCAAGAUUUACGAUUCAAUACUGCAAAACCUGUGGCAGCUCAAGCAGCGGGAUGGAAACCAUGCAAACGCCACAGCAGCAACGGACAACCUCGUUGAAUACAUUAUACAGACCGCACUGCGCGUCUUGACUGACCCCAACAGUCAAAAAAAGCGACGCCGCACGCUUACGCUCUUGUUUGCUAAUAAUAUUUUUUCCGCGAUACUUGCGAAUGCGGAGCUGACCGUUAGAACGCUCUCCGCUGCUGGUACCCUCUUACCCUUUUUUGCACAUUAUGUGCAGCUUGUGCAGGGGGAAACUAUGCAAACGGUGCUACGAUCGUACGACCGCCGUCUGUUUAUUAUGGCCAUUGCAGUUCUUGCACGGCUGCAGGCGGAACAGGCGCAGCUGGCAACGACACUGGACGAGGUGCUCUGCGGUGUCGUAAAAGGCGAGGUGCUGGCAUGUUUCAGUCAUAGCGAGGGUGUUCUGGUUGCCAUGGAGGUGGAGGGACACACGCGGAGCGGGGAUGAGCAUGAUGAGGAGGAAUGGAGCAUGGAUGAAUCAAGCGACAGCGGAGAGGAUGACGACGACGAUGAUGAAGAUGAGGAGGACUACGAUGACGACCUGGACGACGACGCCGAUAGCAUGGGUAGCGAGGCGUCAGCCCUGGCGGGUGACAGUCAAUUGCAGGCGCUGCUUAUGGCGACAGCCGCCACGCGGAAGCGGAGGGCCACCACCAAAGACAUCGACGAUGAGGAGGAGGAGGAGGAGGAGGAUAACCUUCUUGACGAAAACGACUUUGUGAGCCCAAUUGAUGCGUGUAACGCGUGGGCCUUCCUGUUGGAGUCCGUCAACCACACAACAGCGGUUUCGUCCACACGAUUCUGCCAGCUUGUGCGGGAUGCCAACUCGCAGCAGCAAAUGCAGUCUCUGACGCAAAUGAGUGCCUUGAUGGAGCAGCUGCUGGCGACACGUGGGAGGCGACGCGCCGCAGCAACCGCUGCGUAA